AUGUAUUUCUUUGCAGUUUUGUUUUCGUUCCUCUCCUACUUUAAAGCCAGUAUUUCUGUUACCAGCACAGGUCAGUAUGUUGUUGUGCAACAUCAUGUGUUACUUGGCUGGAGUCAGGAGUUAGAGAACAUUGAUCGCAUCCAAUGUUUGUUGACUUGUUCAAGAAAAAUUUACUGUUUUUCUGUGAAUUACAAUCGGCAAGAUAAAAUUUGUCAGAUAAACAAACAAAUGCGGGAGGAUGCAACUCGAUAUUUUCUAGCAAACACAUCAUACGAUUACAUCGAAAAGGUUAUCAAUGGACAUUUUAAAAUACAUGGCGUUUAUUUCAUGGCAGGUGAAGAGGAUUAUGAAUCUGCAGUGGAAUUAUGUAGUAAUCAUUUAGGAUCCAUUGCUUCUUACGAGCAGUUAUACUACGCGUUUCAACCAAGUCUAAAGAACUGCACAGAGGGUUGGCUUAUCAGUGGCGAGAUUGCAUUCACGGAAAUAACAGACACCUGCACAUUAAAACAACCAGAACAGCGUAGCAAUGUGUUUCCUUGUAAACGGUAUGAGAGUGGGGUUUAUUGUCACAUGGAAUACAGUCCUUCGGCACUCGAUUAUUUACCUACAGCACAACGGAUUAUUCGCCUGACAGAUAGUAACCAGAAAAAGUUGAGUGCUGAAGAUUCGGAAAUAUGUUGCAGUACUAAAUUCAGUGGUCAUCUAGCAACACCUCUUGACGUUUAUAAUAACACGUUGUCUUUAGGAGUUAAUCUUUGCGAAGCAGGGUGGCUUUCUAGAUGGUUGGCAGGUAAUCCAUGUAAGGGACAUGCGCCACUUGACUUUUGGCUUUAUCCGACUGGAAAUAAAAUACACUUCAAGAAAGCAACGAACGAAUAUUCUGCAUUUUGUUUGGUUCCUCUUGCAAACCGAACCUUAAGUAACCCUGACCCAUUUCCCUCCCAUCGUGUCAUGAAUGGCGAGGGAGAAAGUAGUUACUCUUUAAAUUACUAUGAUGCUUAUGAUUUCUGCAUGAGUCGUGGUGGUAGAAUGGCAACGAGAGCGGAAGUAGAGUACGCCUGGCAGUCAGGAUAUGACCGUUGUCAGGCUGGCUGGGUCACAAGUGGGGAAGUUAUUUACCCUACAGUAGAACCCAGAACCGGAUGCGGAUAUUUUCCAUCUAUCAAUAGCUGGGGUUUUAAGAACAUGAGUACUUACUCUUCAUCCGUCUAUUGCUACAUGUUGUAGGUAAAGUGGUCAUGUAUUCAUUACGGUCAUUUCAGCCAUUUUGUGGUGGAAUGAUGUGAACAUGCAGCUACUAUAUACGCCUCUUUACGACGCCUUUGUGGUCACAAACCAACGCAAAUCCGCUGAGCAUAGUGACGAUGCGAGUUAUCAGUUAUUCUCCUACCUUUAUCUUUACUAUGUUGGUUACACCAAAAUCGUUUUUGCUGUCAUUUCUUGUAUUCCAUUUAGUUACAACUAAUUUCAUUUUACCUACCACCUCAAAUGGAUGAUGCUUGCAUUGCUCUUUCAAGUAGAAGCAAGCAUAAAAUUUAAUUUUAUUUAUUUAGACAAAU